AUUUUUGGGCAAUCUAAACAAAAAUUUAAAAAAAAAAAAAAAAUCUCCCAAAAAGAUCUAAAGAUUCAAAACAUUCCCUCUUCUUCAGCUAAAUUAUUGCAUAAAGAUUGCAAUUUUAUUUUUAGAAGAGUUUUUAUUUUGUGGGCAAAAUAUGAGGUUACCAAAUCCCAGAAUGUUUCAUGGAGUAAUCUCUUUUGGUAUCUCUACUGAAGCUUAUGCCCAUAAACCUCUCCCUCGAAGAAUCUUCUUCAAAUCAAAUCCAAAAGACAGUCUCGUAGACCGGUUGUGCAAAGAAAAUAAAUUCAAAGAAGCAAUAGAUGUUCUGUGUGCGCAAAAUCGAUUAAGAGAAGCCAUUCAACUCCUCAAUCGUAUCGGAAAGCCGUCCGCUUCUGUUUACUCUAUUCUGAUACAAGCUUGCCGGGAAAGUAGAGCGCUUGAUGAGGGCAGAAAUGUCCACAAACACAUCAAAUUAUCUGGGUUUCAACCUGGGGUUGUAAUGUGCAACCGUCUUCUUGAUAUGUAUGUCAAGUGCGAGAGUUUUAUUGAUGCACGGAAGAUGUUUUAUCAAAUGGGUGAAAGGGACUUGUGUUCCUGGAAUACAAUGAUAUCUGGUUAUGCGAAAGUGGGGUUGCUUAAUGAAGCCAGGAAACUGUUUGAUGAAAUGCCUGAGAGGGAUAAUUUCUCUUGGACUGCGAUGAUAUCUGGUUGUGUUCGCCAUGAUUGGCCUGAAGAAGCUUUAGGGUUGUAUAGGAUGAUGCAGAAAGGUGAGAAUUCAAAGUCAAAUAAGUUUACUCUGUCUAGUGUGCUAGCUGCUUCGGCGGCAAUACCAUGUUUACGAGCAGGGAAGGAGAUUCAUGGUCAUAUAAUGAGAACUGGGAUGGAUUCUGAUGAGGUUGUUUGGUGUGCUUUAUCAGACAUGUAUGGGAAAUGUGGGAGUAUAGAUGAAGCUAGGUGCAUUUUUGACAAGAUGACAAAUAGAGAUAUUGUUACGUGGACUGCAAUGAUUGACAGAUACUUUGAGGAUGGGAGGAUGCAGGAGGGUUUUGAUUUGUUCUCCAAAUUGAUGAGAUCAGGGAUGAGACCUAAUGAGUUUACGUUUUCUGGGGUUUUGAAUGGAUGUGCUGAUCAUACUGCAGAGGAGCUAGGGAAGCAGAUUCAUGCAUACAUGAUGCGAGUUGGUUUUGACCCUUUCUCUUUUGCAGCUAGUGCUCUUGUUCAUAUGUAUUCCAAGUGUGGAAAUAUUGACAACGCCCAAAGGGUUUUCGAUUGUAUGCCUAGUCCCCAUUUGGUUUCAUGGACUUCUUUGAUUACUGGUUAUGCUCAGAAUGGUCAGCCUGAUGAAGCUUUACGUUACUUUGAGUUGCAACUUAAAUCAGGUACCCGGCCUGAUCACGUUACUUUUGUUGGGGUUCUUUCUGCUUGUACACAUGCUGGAUUGGUUGACGAAGGGCUCAGAUACUUCUACUCAAUAGAGGAAAAACAUGGGUUAACACGUACUCCUGAUCAUUAUGCGUGUAUAAUUGAUCUAUUGUCGCGGUCUGGGCAGUUUGAAGAAGCUGAGAAUAUCAUUAGUAAGAUGCCUAUGAAACCAGAUAAAUUUUUGUGGGCUUCAUUACUUGGUGGUUGCAGAAUUCAUGGAAACCUUGAACUGGCAGAAAGAGCUGCGGAAGCAUUAUUUGAAAUUGAGCCUGAAAAUCCAGCUACUUAUGUUACUAUGGCUAAUAUUUAUGCCUCAGCUGGUAGGUGGAAUGAAGUAGCAAAAAUCAGAAAAACAAUGGUUGAUAGAGGAGUUGUAAAGAAGCCCGGUUUGAGCUGGGUUGAGAUCAAGAGAGAGCUAAAUGUGUUUGCUGUUGGAGAUACUUCCCAUCCAAGAUCCAAGGAGAUACAUGAGUUCUUGGGAGAACUUUCCAAAAGAAUAAGAGAAGGGGGGUAUGUUCCUGACACCAAUUUUGUGUUGCAUGAUGUGGAGGAAGAGCAAAAGGAGCAAAAUCUUUCCUACCACAGUGAGAAGCUAGCUGUUGCUUUUGGAAUUAUUUCUACUCCUCAAGGAACGCCAAUCAAGGUUUUCAAGAACUUGAGAACUUGUGUAGACUGCCAUACUGCCAUGAAAUAUAUCUCAAAGAUUCUUAGAAGAAAAAUUAUUGUACGGGAUUUGAAUCGGUUUCACUGUUUUGAGGACGGGAACUGUUCUUGUGGGGAUUAUUGGUGAACAGACUAACUAAAGGUUGUUAAGCAUUUUCUCCACAUGUAAGCGUCAAAAUUCUUGAUAACCUUGAUUCUUUCUGUUUGGUUUACUGGGUAGAAAGACCCCUGAAUGUCUCUGGC